AUUCUAUUUUUUUUUUUCUGAAUAUCUUUAAUAAAGUAUUAAGUUAUUUUUGCAUUUCACGUUAGUUUUUUCUGUUAAACUUAUUUUUUCCAAAAAUCUAAAAACAUUACCUUUCUCUCACUUCUCACUUUCUUUUCCAUCCAAUCAUAAAAGCCUCACUCAGCUAUGGUGGGUUAUUGGACUGGUUAAGGCUGUAUGGCCUCGUUGUGAUUCGAGCAACCGAAAAUGUCAUAUGUACUAAGGACUUUGAUUGCUGAUCACACACAACAUGCAUAGACAGUGAUUUGGUUGUUGUUUUUUCUUGUUCCGAUUUGCUUAUGAAAUCUGAGAAACAAUGGAGAAUGCAAUGCUUUUAAGUUCUGGUUACUCAAUUGGGUGUCAUCUUUACUCAUCAAGCUGCAAAAUUUCUAAGUCCCAGAAGAAAAUCGGGUUUCUUAUCUUUACUGCAAAGGCAAACCCUUCUCAUGGAAAGUUGGUGAUGAACUCUUCCUAUCGGAAGAGGUCUAGCAAGCUUAGUGGAGAGCCACAAACCAGCUCAAACACAAUUGAAAAGAGGACAACAGUCAAGAAAGCAGGGAAGAGAGAGCAUCACUUAUGGAAGAAAAGAGAUUCUGCUGGUUCGGGGCAGAAGGCACUCAAUCUUAUUAGAAUAAUAUCUGAUCUUCCUAAUGAGAAAGAGGCUGUGUAUGGAGCAUUAAACAAAUGGAUAGCUUGGGAAACUGAGUUUCCUGUGAUUGCAGCAGCUAAGGCUUUGAGAAUUUUACGAAAGAGGAGUCAAUGGAAACGCGUAAUCCAAGUAGCAAAAUGGAUGUUGAGCAAAGGUCAAGGAGCGACAAUGGGGACAUACGACGCUCUUCUACUAGCGUUCGAUAUGGAUCAGAGAGUUGAUGAAGCUGAAGCACUAUGGAACAUGAUUUUGCAUACUCAUAAACGUUCUAUCUCGAAGCAAUUGUUUUCUAGAAUGAUUUCUUUGUAUGAUCAUCAUGGCAUGAAAGAUAAGAUAAUAGAGGUAUUCGCAGACAUGGAGGAACUGCGUGUAAGACCGGAUGAUGAUACUGUGAGAAGAGUGGCUUAUGCUUUUCAGGAAUUAGGCCAAGAAGAGAAGAAAAACCUUCUUGUAAGAAAAUAUGGAUGCAAAUGGAAGUACAUUCACUUCAAGGGCGAACGAAUUAGGGUGCGAAGGGACGCAUUUUCUGAGGAAGAAGACGAUGAAAGUUGAGGGAUUGCUUAGGAAAAGCUUAGGGUUCUUUCCAAUGUUCAGUUUGAUCUCUUUUAUAAGCUCAACACUAGUAAUUGAGAUUAAGAGUGGUAAUUCGUGUUUAGCGUAUUGUAUUGUGUUGAGAUCUUAAAUUGAACAUGGCUCAUGAGGUUUUACACUACAUUGUUGUUUAUAGUGUUAUUGUUUCGUGUGGAGUUCUUAAAUUUAGUUUGAAUAGUUAACAUAAAAUCUCGAGUCAUGUUCGUGUCAAACCUGUGUGUCGUUACAUGAAUUGCCACCCCUAAUUGAGAUCACACACUAGUUUUGACAUAUAGGCCUCUCAACACACUUGAGCCAUGUACAAAUAGUAAUAGAACUCUUAUGUAAUUGAUUUUAUAAUAGGAUUUUUUCCAUUGUGAUCAAUAAGAUUACUUUAUUUUCAUUCCUUAUACUAAAUCUUAAAAGUGCUUUGCUGCUGAUCAAUGCUUUUCUGAUAAACUUAUAUUUGGUAGACUAACUUAUUGUGUUUUUUGUCCAGUAUAAUGGCAAGGAUGAUAAUCAAUAUCCCCUGACAAUUUGUACAGGGAAAUUUAGUUUGGUAUUGUUUCACUAUGUCCCUAUAAUCUAACUAAGUUGAGGAAACUUGAAAGAGAGAAAGCAACUAAGCUAAAGAGACUGCAAUUGGACUUCGAACGACAUGGUUUCCGUCGAGCCAAGAAUACCACCCGAAACUGUACUCUUUAGUGCUGUUUUUGUUUUCAAGUAACUCACUCCUUGCUUUAACUGUCAAUGUGAAGCUCUUCUUCUGACCGACGUGAGUAAAGGACAAGAGACUCGGGGAAGCUUCAACCGAGAUACCCAAUGGAGGUUUCGAUUCGAAGAAGUAAACACUCUUGGCAUUGCCCACAUUGGUGACAGUUCUUUUGACAGUGAUUGUUUUAACAAGUUUAGAGAUAGAC